UACAACGGGUGAAUGACCACAAAUUCACAAUAUACCUACACCACUAGUUGCCUCAUUGGGAUGUGGUGAUCCAUCGAAUUGGCAACGAGCUUGAGCCAUGCCCAAAAUACUUCUCUAUGUGAAAGCAAUUUUUACUCGUCCAUCCUUCAUUCGUUUAUUUCAUUUAAUAAGAUUUAUCAUAAUUAAGGGUAUCAUGGUUAUAUACUAUUGAUUUUUUUUUUUUGCUUGAGCUUAAAAUUCAUGGUCAGAGACAUCACUGCAAAUGCUAGCUAGAGUUAGGUGGAUUUUAUAUGGACAUGACAGAAAAAUCUGCGCAGAAGAUUAUGAGAAGUCCCACCAAUACAGACUUCUAUGUAAUAAUGUAAAUAGAAGUUGAAGUUUCUAAAAGUUUUUUUUUUUUGAAAAAAUGAAGUUUCUAAAAGUUGCAAUAACCAAACUGCGAAGGCUUGUCUAUACUAAUAUAAAAGCCACUAGCGUUGGGAGGAAACAUAUGAACUUCUUCGCAUAUAUUUUAAAUAUAUAAAAAAUUAACUAUAAAACAAAAAUGUCAAAAGAUCUCACUCUUUUAAAUGAAAACUAUUUUCUAUUCUCUUUUUCUCUUCUUUUUUUAUUAUUCAUUUUUAUUGCUAAUAGAGAUGUUUAACAUUGUGUGGACAUCUGUGUUUCAAAAAAAAAACAUUGUGUGGACAUCUACCUGCUUUUUCUGCAACAACAGAAGAUUACUGAAUAUUCUCACAAAAUGUGGUAAUUUUUCCUAUAAAAAGCUAGGCCUGAAGCUAAUGUUUUGGCUAAUGAAUCUGGUCAAACAAGCUAAUAUUAAAUCACAAAGUAAAUGGAUCAUGUAACUUUUAGUAGUAAUAAAUCUUUGGAGGAUAAAAAUAUAUACUAUUAAAUUUUAUAAGAUAUACUUACAUUUUCAUAAUUUAUGUAAAUAUUAGAUUCAUAUUAGAAAGGAUUACCACAAAUAUUUGUUGCUAUAUUAUGGAUGAUAAUAGAAACAAACGAAGACCUAAUAAAAUAUUUUCUUGCAUGAUUUAAGUAAAAUAUCCAACCAAAAUAUUAGAUUAAAGUUAACAGGAUCCUUAAUAAUAUAUAAUAUAUUAAAUUUAAAAUAAACACAAAAUAAAAUAUCCUGAAAACCCUAUAUAAACUUUGUUUUCUAUUAAAUUACAAAUUCCGCCCACAACUUCGUCCUCUCUCGCGCGUUUGUGAUAGAGAUAGAGUUGUUAGCUAGCUCACACGCUUCUAUUUUCCCGACUUUUUUUUUUUUGGUAGGAUCUAUUUUCCCGACUUGAUUUUCUAGGAAUUAGCAGCAAAACAGAAAAAGAUAAAAGAAACCAAAAAAACUGGGUCUGCGAAAGUUAGGCCGAAAGAAACGAUCAAACAGUCUUUGAGAUUGUUUUUUUUUCUUUCUCUCUCUAAUGGAUUCAAGAGAUAUCCCACAACAGUUUCAGCCACCACUGUUUCAUUACCCUAACUUUAACACUAGCGCAAUGAUGGGACCUAACUCGACUUCCCAGUCGAUUAAUCAUCGUCUAACUUUUGGCUCUCUCACACCUCGUGGGACGCUUCAGCAGCAAGAAGAGCAGUUGGAUCAGAAAACGCUUGAAUCUCUUGGAUACGUCGAUGAAGUAUCGCCUUCUUCUCAACCGAUGCGAUCUGGGAUCGAUCAGAGCCAACAACAAGUGAAGAGGAAGAGAGGAAGGCCAAGGAAAUACGCUCCUGAUGGUACCAUUGCAUUAGGUCUAGCUCCGACUUCUCCUCUUCUUGGUGACGGAGACAGCGGCAGAGUAAAUACAAACUCUGCUAAACGAGCAAGAGGAAGACCUCCGGGCUCCAUCAAGAAACAAUAUGAUGCUUUAGGAACAUCAGGAGGUAUGUUUACUCAUGUCAUUGAAGUGCAAGAAGGAGAGGAAAUAGUAUCAAAGGUGGCGGCUCUUUCGACUCAAGGGCCACGAACAGUUAUUGUUCUCUCUGCAGCUGGCGCAGUUUCUAGAGUGAUACUUCAUAAUGCUAGUGGAAUUCAGAAUUAUAAGGGACAGUUCGAGAUCGUUACACUCUCUGGCUCCUUCUCCAAUUAUGAGGUAAAUGGUUCCAUCGAAAGAACUGGUAGUUUGACUGUGGCUUUGGCUGGUCCCAAUGCCCAGAUUUUAGGUGGCCUAGUUGGUCGGUUAGUAGCUGUAACACCAGUGCAGAUCAUAGUGGGAAGCUUUGUUGACGAAGCAAAGAAACUGAAACAGAGUACCGGUAACAAUGCUCAGGGACAGAAUCCUGAACCGGCUUCAGCACCAGCUAAUAUGUUGAACUUUGGAUCGAACUCUCAAGGACCAUCUAGCGAGUCAUCAGAUGAGAAUGAAAGUGGUUCUCCUUCAGUGCAGCACCAUGACAACAACAAUAAUGGGAUUUAUGGAAACUCAAUGGCUCAACAACAGCAACUGCGUCAGAUGCAAAUGUAUAAUCUUUGGCCUAGUAGUGGUCAAUAAAUAGAAUUUGCGUUUUGGUUUUGGUUUAGGCUGGUUUUGAUCUUUGUUUCCUUUGAGAAGGUUAAGCUUCAAGCUUGAGGAUUCUUUGUAGCUUCUUUUGUUUUGUUUUUGGAGAUUUUAGAUACAUAUAGGAGAUCUUAAAAUUAGGGUUCUUUCAGUUUUGUUUUACUUUACUCAUUGUAAGAGUGAUUAAUUUAGUUUCUCGGUCAAUUUUCUUUUAUUUUAUUUUACCGUGAUGGUCAAUAAAAGAUCUCUCUUUUUCUUGUUUCUUAUUCAGGAAUUUAAAGAAAAGUUGUUUGUGACGUUA